UCGCGCGGGCGCCUGCCCCUCCCCGGCGGGGCGGCUGGCGAGCGCUGAUCGCGCGGCCGCGGCGCGGCGUUUGGCACGGGCGCUGCCGGCAGGGAGCCCUGGUGAGCAGGCACGAGGGCUGCACCCCAAAGAUGAGAGCGCCCAGGGGAGAUGUGAGCCCAGCGCGCCACCGGCCGACCUGUCGCUGAAGCGGCCCCCCAGGCUGGGCCUGCCCCGCCCGCGGCCCAGCAUGCGCCUGUCGGUGCGCCGGGCGCUGCUGGCGGCGGGCUGCGCGCUCGCCCUGGUGCUGGCGGUCCAGCUGGGCCAGCAGGCGCUGGAGUGCCGCGCGGUGCUGGCGGGUCGGCGCAGCCCCCGGCGGGCCAUGAGGCGGGAGCAGGAGGACCUGGUGAUGGUGGGCGCCGACCACGUGCAGUACCGCUACAGCCAGGCCAUGCCGCUCAUCUUCGUGGGCGGCGUGCCCCGCAGCGGCACCACGCUGAUGCGCGCCAUGCUGGACGCACACCCCGAGGUGCGCUGCGGCGAGGAGACGCGCAUCAUCCCCCGCGUGCUGGCCAUGCGCCAGUCCUGGUCCAAGUCCGGCCGCGAGAAGCUGCGGCUGGAUGAGGCGGGCGUGACGGACGAGGUGCUAGACGCCGCCAUGCAGGCCUUCAUCCUGGAGGUGAUCGCCAAGCACGGGGAGCCGGCGCGCGUCCUGUGCAACAAGGACCCCUUCACGCUCAAGUCCUCCGUCUACCUGUCGCGCCUCUUCCCCAACUCCAAGUUCCUGCUCAUGGUGCGCGACGGCCGCGCGUCCGUGCACUCCAUGAUCACGCGCAAGGUCACCAUCGCGGGCUUCGACCUCAGCAGCUACCGGGACUGCCUCACCAAGUGGAACAAGGCCAUCGAGGUGAUGUACGCGCAGUGCCUGGAGGUGGGCGCCGACAAGUGCCUGCCCGUCUACUACGAGCAGCUGGUGCUGCACCCGCGCCGCUCGCUCAAGCUCAUCCUGGACUUCCUGGGCAUCGCCUGGAGCGACGCGGUGCUGCACCACGAGGACCUCAUUGGCAAGCCCGGCGGCGUCUCCCUGUCCAAGAUCGAGCGGUCCACGGACCAGGUCAUCAAGCCUGUGAACCUGGAGGCGCUCUCCAAGUGGACCGGGCACAUCCCCGGGGACGUGGUGAGGGACAUGGCCCGGAUCGCCCCCAUGCUGGCUCGGCUGGGCUACGACCCCUAUGCCAACCCCCCCAACUACGGCAACCCCGAUCCGAUCGUCAUCAACAACACGCAGCGGGUCCUGAAAGGGGACUAUAAAACACCAGCCAAUCUGAAGGGACAUUUUCAGGUGAACCAGAACAGCACCUCCGCCCACCUGGGAAGCUCGUGAUUUCCAGAUCUCUGCAAAUGGCUUUGUUGACAAGAGAAGAAGCAGCCGCAUCCGAGUGGAAAUCGGACCUCUAAUCCAAGCAUAUUGCUUGCUGUAUCAGUCACCAAAAAGGACCCUCCUGAGAAUGUAUUUGCAUAUGUUUGCAAAAACCGGGAUCAUUCCAGCCGCCUCCUGCCCCCCCUGGACGUCCAGAGCCAGUGUGGGCGUGGUCCGGCUUUUGGAACUUAGGUGUUUUAUAUUUUCCCCCUUUUUUAAAGAAAUGGAUCUGCCGUGGUCCUCCGUCAUUUGCGGGACGGCCUCGGUGGCUUUGUUGGCUGGGACAAGGUCCACAAUCUGUGCCUCUUCCUUUGGACCCUAACUUUGAAUUCAAAGAAUCUAUUUAAGAAUUUAAUAUAUGAGGCUUUCUUUGAUUUCUCCCCACUUCGACUCCGUUUAACAGAGAAAAAGAAUUAUUUGAAUAAAGUGAACAGAGUCUCCUU